AUGUCCGACGUCCCACCAACCGAGUCCAUUCCCAAACCAGAGGAACCUAAAGAACCACAACAGUCUCCUCAGCAACCUCAGUUCCAGCAAGUACCUCCGAAUUUCUACCAAUUUCCACCUCAAGGUUACUACCCACCACAAGGCUUCCCGAACUACCCUCCUCAGCCUAUGCCUUACUGCCCCAACCCUUGGAUGUUCCAGCAAGCUCCACCCCAGCAAUUCCAAUCUCAAUCCAAAUCGAAGAGAGACCAAGAGUUCGAAGAAGGUCUGAACCGCUUACGCAAAGAGUAUGCUACAGCUCCAAUUGAGAGAAAGUUGUUCCCGGACCAAAAAAUAAUGUUUAGGGUAGAUGGUUAG